GAGAGGAGAGUUAGCCGCUAGCACGGUAAGCUAACAGCCGGAGUGUGUAAUGGCGGCCUCGGUGUUGUUGGGGUCUACGGACCACACCGGACUCAGCUUCACGGUGGGAAGCGGCGCCAGGAAUGUUUUAGCUGGGAAUAAUAACGGUCUGGGGCCGGUGGGGCCGGCGCCCUGGAACCGAUCUCUGGACCGGGCACUGGACGAAGCCUCAGCCACCGGGUGUCUGAACCUCAGCGGCAGGAAGCUGAAGGAGUUCCCCCGGAGCGCCGCUAACCACGACCUGACGGACACCACCAGGGCCGAUCUGUCUCGUAACCGUCUGUCGGAGCUUCCUCUGGACGUUUGUCUCUUUGUGUCUCUGGAGAGUAUGAACCUUUAUCAGAACUGUCUGAGGUCUCUGCCCGACAGUCUGCUCAACCUGCAGGCCCUGACCUUCCUGAACCUCAGUCGGAACCAGCUGUCUGUCCUCCCUGUGGUCAUCUGCAGUCUUCCUCUGAAGGUUUUGAUCGCCUGCAACAACAAACUGGUUUCUCUGCCAGAAGAAGUUGGACAACUGAGACAUCUCACUGAGCUGGAUGUGAGCUGUAAUGAGAUCCAGACGUUACCAUCUCAGGUGGGUCAGCUGGAGGCGCUACGAGACCUGAACAUCAGGAGGAACCACCUGGUCACACUGCCGCCAGAGUUGGCGGAGCUCCCUCUUGUGCGUUUGGAUUUCUCUUGUAACAAAGUGACGUCUAUCCCCGUCUGCUACCGGCGACUCACACAGCUGCAGACCAUCAACCUGGACAACAACCCGCUGCAGACGCCUCCUGCACAGAUCUGUAUUAAAGGGAAGGUGCACAUAUUUAAGUACCUGAACCUGGAGGCCAGUAAGACGACCCCUGACCUCCCAGACUACGACAGACGACCUCUGACAUUCAGCUCCUGCGUGGAUGAGCUGUACCCAGGACGUCCAUACGGAGCGCUGGACUCAGGAUUCAACAGCGUCGACAGUGGAGACAAACGGUGGUCAGGGAACGAGCCCACAGAGGAACUGUCAGAGUUUCCACAGAGAGUGGCCGAGAUCAGCAGAGACCCGCGAGCGAGAGGAGGAUCACUGCUGCCGAACGGAACGUAUGCGGAGCUGGAGCAGAUCGACUUCAUCGACAGCUGUGUGGGGGGGGAGGAGGAGGAGGAGGACGGGCGGAGUCCAGGUGGCGGGGACACCUCCAGUCUGAGCUCUCAGUUCAUGGCGUACAUCGAGAGACGCAUCACCAGAGAGGGUUCUCCAGUCAAAACCAUCACGUCCAGGACGGAGGAAACGAGAAGACACAACAGGAGUGUGGUCGAUGGUGUCACAGCGCCCUCUACCUCUCAGACUCAGAGAGGAGGGAUGGAGCGGAUACGAAGGGAAGCUCAGCUCGCCGCUCUGAGGUACGACGAGGAGAGACAGAAGACCCGCUCUGUCCCAAGUCCCACCAAGACCGUCUACCCCUCCAGACGCUGCACCCACACAGAUGACUCCGCCCUCUUCAUGUCUGUGACUGGAGCGUCUGUAGACGGCUGUUGCUCUCAUGCUUCUGAUAACGCCACCUCCUGUCCACUGCAGGGUGAAGACAGAGCAGCUCUUUCUUCUAAAGCCAAUCAAUCACCUUCUUACCCCAGCUCAGGGGGCGGGACUUCCUGUCGGACAGCCAGUCUGAGGCCAGAGAGCUUCCUGUUUCGCCUUGGUCAGAAAGAAGAGAGGAGGAAAGGGGAUGCUGCGUCUGCUGCUGAUGCUGCUCCUCACAACCAGGAGGAGGCUCUUGCUGCUCCUCCUCUAGUUGGAGAAGAAGCUGAGCUGGUGGAUCAGCUCAGAAAGAACAUCGAGGCUCGUCUCAAAGUGUCGUUGCCAAGCGACCUGGGAGCAGCUCUGACUGAUGGCGUGGUGCUGUGUCACCUGGCCAAUCACGUGAGGCCGCGCUCUGUCCCCAGCAUCCACGUCCCCUCCCCUGCUGUGCCUAAACUCACCAUGGCCAAAUGUCGACGCAACGUAGAAAACUUCCUGGAGGCGUGUCGCAGGAUCGGAGUCCCACAGAGUCAGUUGUGUCUUCCUCUUCACAUUCUGGAAGAUCAAGGGCUCCCCCAAGUGGCCGGGACGGUCGGUGCCCUCCUCGACCUGGCCCCUCCCCGACACCCCGUCAGCAUGACAACCACCACAGCAUCAUGAGCCGCAGCAGGACCAUGUGACCCCACAUCAACGCUAACACCACCCUCCUCCUCAUCAUCAUCAUUAGCACCGCUCCGUCAGCCUCAGGAAAACGUGAACAUGAGUUUAGAUGGAAGCAGUUGAUCUGAUGGAGACGUGAGACGAGCUGAACGUCUCCGAUCACGAGAGCGAUGGACGGAGGUCCUCGUCCACUCAGAGAACAAAUUACCAAGAAAAGUGAGAACUUUAAUGACAUGGCAGCUGCUCGCCACGGGAACACGUUUCAAUAUGUGACAUUCCAUGAGCAGCAGAAUUCCUGUUUAUUAAACAUUCUCACUUUUCUGCAUCUUUCUUUUUUUUUACGCUUAAGUUUAAGACAAAAACAUUUAAACUUUGAAGAAAAGUCUUUUAUUUUCCCUUCGGAGAAGAGUGAAAGGAUUUGUUCAAGCUAACUGAUGAAUUAAUUUUUUCAUAUCUUUUCUUGAGUUAUGAUUGCCUGAGCUGUCGGUCACUUUAAACACUGUUACACACCUUAGUUGAGGUUGACAUCCUUUUAUUAUUUUAUCUGAAAUUAUUGACCAUUUAAUCUUAUUUAACUUGUAUAUUUAUGGUUCAAAAAGUUGAAUCCAGUUGUUAACGUGUAAAGUGAGAAAUCCUGUUUAUACCACACAAAACAAAUCAACGUUAAAACCUAAAGUUAAAUGGAAAACAACUACACUAACUGUAAGUGACUUUGCACAUUAAGCUAAUGUGGCUAAUUGCUAACGAUAGCUCACCUUGAUGCACAGUUUGAGGAACUGAAGCUAACGCAGCCAAAUAACAUUUUAACUUUGACUCAGUUUCAGCUGAAAGCAUCAGCAUUCACUGAAGCUCAUUGCUAACAUCAGCUAUCAACGAUAAAGAUAGUUUAGCAACUAACAUUGCUAACUAACAGGAGUCAACAUAAAAUAAUAGUCAUGUAAAAAACGCUAACCUUAGCUAUCCUUGUCCAGUUGGUUCAGAGGCUAAGCUAAAACAUUUAGCUUUAGCCAUAGCUAACAGUACUUGGUUUAAAGUUGAAGAUAAUGCACUAAAUGGCUGAUCAUAUUUUAUUUUGAUAAAACAGCUAUCAGAUAUCUAACAAAGACAGAUUGAUGGUAAUGUUAGUUCCUAGUGAUGAAGUUGGUUAAGAGAUGUUAGCAUCAUCUCUCAAAUAUAACUGUAGUGAACAAAAGUUGUUUGAAAACGCUACUUAUACGAAACGUCAAAGAUGGCUAUAGAGUUAGCCAUUAGCUAGACUUGAUCACCUUCUCAGUGGUAGGAGACUAAAGUAGCUCAGAGCUAACGUUAGUUAGCCCCUUGCUGGAGUCGUUCAGCUCUGUCUUCAGUCUCCAUCGGAUCCAGAACUUGAUCUAGAUCUGGUUCUGGAUCUCAUUCUGCCCUCAGCUCUGACUCACAGGCUCAUUUUGAUUUCACUGUUUAUUUUUGACUUUUCUCGGCUGUGACGGAUGUUUUCAGGUUGAACAGAUGUUGGAGACGCUGUCACUUCCGGUUCCGAUCGGCCAUGUGAGCAGGACCAAUAGAACAUUGACUGGAUUAGAUUUCAUUAAAUUCAAACUUAAAUGUAAAUAUAUUAGAUCAAUAAGUUUAAAUGUCGAUACUGAUGUAUAUGGACAAAAAUCCGUAGACUGCCCCGUCCAUAACACAUUUAAACAAUUCUCACUUUCCAAACAUGUUCAUAAAUCAAAACUUAUUUUAUAAAUAACAGUCCAAACUGCAGCACAACAAAUGAACAUGUGUAUAAAUACAUGCACUUGUUUCUUUGUACCCUUUACAUAUUAACAAUAUUCUAGACCAACACAAGCAGAUCUGACGCCUGUGGAGAGAACGACUUCGAGAAUCUUUCUCAAAUUUAACACAAAAAACAAAGAAACGUUAAAAACCUUUUUUAAAGCAAUUUUUCAAAAACUUGAAUUCCAAACUUCCCUGAACUGUUUAUUAGGGGCCUGAUGUGAUUGGACGAGGUCAAUCAGGUGGUUAUGGCGUCUCCUCAUCAUGUUAGUGUUGCAUGCUGGGACAUUUUUCAUGGUGAACAGGUGACCGACACUCAAACUGAGUCACAAUUUAACUAUCAAAUGUAUGUGUACAGAUAUAUUCUUUAAAUAUAUAUAUAUAUAUAGAUAUAGAUAUAUCUAUAUCUAUAUCUAUAUAUAUAUUCACAUUCACACACACACACACCAUAUCCCAGAGUGCACCUGUAUGUCACGGAAGCCAGGUGAGAUGUUAAAGAACUAAAAGCAUCAGCUGAUCACGUGUUCCUUGUUCUGACACCAAUAUGUGCUCGUCCAACACUGUGACCUCAGAGGGCGGAGCUUCAGGGAGUCUGACGUCAGGUGUUGUGACUGACGGGUGUGCUGUCCAAUCCCGUGUCUCCAUGCACUGGGCCCACAGGUGGGCUCAUGUUUUUACAGUUCAGGUUUUUUCCUUCCGGUGUUUCUCCUGCGGCGGAGCGAGUCACGUGACGGCAGUAACUGGACACGUGACGGCGGCGGCACGUGGUGGGCUCGGAAGCUUUUAAAGGACAUUCCACCGUUUUUCAGAGGACGACAAAGACACUUUGAUUUUCACAGGUUUUAUUUGGGUUUGACUUUUUUCACUUUGUAUAAAGAUUUAAACUGGAUUGACUUCAAUUCAUGAAAUAAAUAUUUUAAUUUGA